UCCGCACGGAAGAAUUUUCAUUGUUUAACAAUUUCUUAAUAGCUUUUAAAGCCUUGGAAGUUAACCCAGCCUGCUAGGUUUAGGGUUAGCUUCGUGUUAAAAAUGUCUAAAGUCCAAAUGCUGAGAGCGUCGGUGAAUCAGAGACUAACUGCGGCUGCUGAAGAGAUAUUUGUGCUGUUUGAAAGAACGAUAGCAGAGUACGAGGAGGAACUUUCUCGAUCUAAAGAGGAGAACGAGCGACAACGCAAACUACUGGACGCUGUUUUCAAGCCUCAACUUCAUCUACACAGAGCAGAUGUUCAGCAGCCGUUUGAGAAUAAAGAAGAGGUUCCAGGCUCCAGUGUGGACCAGGAGGACCCAGAUCCUUCACACAUUAAAAAGGAACAGAAGGAGCUCUGGACCAGUCAGGAGGGAGAGCAGCUUCCAGGGCUGGAGGAGGUUGAUAUCACCAAGUUUACAUCCACUCCUGUUCCUGUGAAGAGUGAAGAUGACAAACAGAAACCUCAGUCCUCACAGCUUCAUCAAACACUAACUGAGGAGAUGGAAACAGAAGCUGAUGGAGAGGACUGUGGAGGAUCAGAACCAGACAGGAACUCACAUCCAGAUACACAUUUACUACCUGAUACUGAUGACAGUGAUGGUGAUUGGACAGAGACCGGAGAACUUCAAUCAGAUUUAAACUCUCUGAAAAAUACCGAAGUCCUUGUAAGUGACAUGAAGUGUAAUACUGGUUCUGUCAUCUGCUCUCAGUGUGAUGCUAAAUUUGCAAGCAAAGAAACUUUGCAGAGACAUUUGACAUUGGAUCAUUGUUCAGGAACCAACCUCUUUAGUUGCCAGUUAUGUGAUAAAACAUUUUCACAUAGGACUUAUCUGAAAAGCCACAUGAGCCUCCACAAAGGGGUGAAACGAUUCAUUUGCCGUGUUUGUAAAGAAGGAUUCGCCUGGCGUUCACAACUCAAGACGCACAAGUGUGUUGAUAAAACCUCACAGCCGAAUGGUGAAGAAUCAGAAGCAGCCAGGAACUCAGUCUGUGUAAAGGAGGUGAGAUGUGGAGAGGCCAAAGUUUCAGUUAGUUCCUUUUCCUGCUCUGAAUGUAAAGAAUCAUUCGAAGACAUUUAUUCUCUGGAGAAACACCUGAGAGAUCAUAAAAGGAAGAAACCAUUUAGUUGCCCAUUUUGUGUUAAAUCAUUUGAAAACAUGUCAAAUCAGAAAUCACACAUAGCAAUGCACACAGGGGAGAAACCAUUGAGUUGUCAACAUUGUGACAAAAGGUUCACCUGGUCUUCAGAGCUCAAAGUACACAGAUGUGUUCAUCCAAGGUCCUCACAGCUCCAUCAAAGCCAAACUGAGGAGGACAGAGAGGCGGAGCUUCAGGAGCCGAAGGAGGCUGAUAGCAGCAGGUUCAUGUUCAUUUCUGAUGCUGUGAAGAGUGAAAAUGAUGAAAGUAAACCUCAGUCCUCACAGCUUCAUCAAAGUCAAACUGAACAGAUGGAAACAGAAGCUGGUGGAGAGGACUGUGGAGGAUCAGAACCUGAUCCAGACAGAUAUUUACAGCCAAUUUCUGAUGAUGAGGCUUCUGAGUUUGAAAGGAGUGGUGAUGAUGAGACGGAGGACUCCAGUCUAAGUCUCCAUAUGCAGUCUCAUUCUGUAAAGGAACCUCUUCAGUGCCCUCUGUGCCCCAGGAUGUUUCAGGACCAGCGAGGUAUAACAAAUCACUUGAUCAUUCAUGCAGGAGGGAAAAGACCUUUCCCCUGUCAGUUCUGUGAAACACUUUUGGCAUCAAAGAAGUCCUGGCUUAAACAUGUGAAAAGUCACUUUUGGCCUUAACUAGGUGGAAAGAAUCACAAUGAGUGGAAAACAUCAGGGCCACUUCAGGAAAUGCAUAAAAAGUCUUGAAUAUGAAUGAUGACGCUUCAUGGACUCCACUGUUAAUCAUUGUGUGUAUCUGACAUGUUCGUCCGUACAUGAAACUCUGUCUUUGACAAGUUAUUAACGUUUUAUGUUGUUUUAUUGUUUUUAAGGACUCUAAAAGGGUUAGGUUAAACGUUAAAUCCCAUGAGUAGAUAAGACACUGAUUUUGUUUAUUGAAGCAAAGUUUGAAUGAUGUGUUAAUGCUUCGUGCUGUGACACCUCAGCAGUUAGAAACUCUAACUCCUUCAUUUGGAGAGUUAUUUUUGUAUUAUUUGUCUAACUAUAACUUCAGGUUGGACAUUUAUUUCUGAUGUUUGGAGAUUUUUUUCCCAAGAUAAGCUGAAUGCUUGGUUUCUCUAUUCUUGUAAACGUUACAGCAACAGUUGCUGAUGUUUGUUGUUGUUGAGUUGAUUAAAAAUGACUUGAUUUUACUUGUUUGUCUUGAUCUACUUUUGGAGUCGGUUGGAAAGUGAAGAAAAGCUUCACGAGGCAGUUUUAUCCAGUCAGAUCACCUUUCCUGUCAGUUGUUGAUGAUGAUGAUGAUGAUGAUGAUGA